UGAAUCGUCUGGAGCUCUGACAGGGAAAUUACGAAGUUGAGCUCCGAACGCAAUGCUGCUAAAAAGUAGACCUACCCGACUCGGGGAUGUCAUACAGCUGUAUGGAUACACCGAUGUUGUCGGCGGCUUUUCGGAGGCGAGUUUCGUACCUUGAUGGAAGCGGAUGAUUGCAGAAGCCACGGUGCUGCAAUUCAUUGGAAGAAGGCACAGAGUUUUUCAGGUGACGCACCAAGCCUGGAUGGUUGACGUUAUAUGGCGGACUCACCAAUCGACAUUCGUGUCAUUGCCCAUUUUGACAUCGAUUGCUUCUAUGCCCAGUCAGAAGUAUUAAGAUGUCCAUCUCUGAGAGGUCGACCGGUGGGAGUCACUCAGAAAUUCUUGGUGGUUACGACAAAUUACAUUGCGCGAAGUUUGGGAGUACCCAAGAUGGUAUCCAUCGACGAAGCCAAGAAAGUGCUACCAGCUCUUGUCCUCGUGAACGGAGAAGAUUUAACACCUUACAGAGCUGAAAGCAAACAAAUAAUGGCUGUUCUCGGACGCUAUGGCGUUGUCCAAAGAUCUGGACUGGAUGAAGGGGCCGUAGACAUAACUGCACAGGUGAAAGCUCGGCUGCAAUGUGGUUUCCCAGCUCUGUCCUUUUCAAGCCACAUUUUGGGCUGGGAGGCUGUGUCAGGCGAGCCUGGAAAUGACUCUGGAGGCACUUUCGUCAACGUAGACUCGACUAAGCUGGAAUUGGAGAAGAUAUCAGGCGUGGAUACUGCAUUAUUGGUUGGGAGUCAAGUAGUUUCUGAAAUGCGAUCAGCAAUUGAGAAGGAAACUGGCUUUCAGUGCUCAUGCGGUGUUGCUCAGAAUAAAAUGCUAGCCAAACUUGCGAGCUCUUUGAAUAAACCCAGUAAGCAAACCUGCUUGCUCAGUGGUGCAGUAGAGAGGUUCAUCGCACCUUUGCCUGCACGUAAGAUUCCUGGUGUAGGGAGGCAAACUGAGGCAAUUCUCCUUGAUCUUGGCGUGCAAACAAUUACUGACUUGAAGAAAGUCUCGGUGUGUCAGCUUUCUGAAAGGCUUGGUGCUCGAAUCGGACAAUUUUUGUACGAUGCCUGUAGAGGCCGAGACUAUACACCUGUGCUGGAUAAAGGACCCCCCAAGUCGAUCACUGUGGAGGACUCGUUUAGAAACUGUACAACAUUGCAGCAAGCCGAGGGAAUUUUGCGCGUUUUGGCCCCAGAUUUGAUCAAGAGAUUGGAUGAAGACAGAGUGGAAACUGGGCGGCGGCCAAAGUCUUUAACUCUCAAAUGGCGGGUCCAGGGGCCGAAGUGGAAUUUUAUAAGCGUGUCAACCGACUUGCCGGUGGAGCUACUUUCGCCAUCACUGUCCAAGGAGCAGCGGGCUGCUGUUGCAGUUGAAGUGGCAUCGAGGCUACUCUUAAGGAAUCUUGGGCACUCUUUCCAUCUUGUGGUUUUGAAUAUUGGUGCAACAAAUUUUGUUGAAACUUCGACGAGCGAUCCUGCGGUUCGUGACAUUCGUUCGUUCUUACAAGCACAGGGGAACUCUCCGCGAAAAGAAUUGAAGGUCACCAGUAAAAACGACGCGCGGGCCCGUCGGGAGAGCUUCAAGACUAUGACCAGUGCACUGCCUGCAGGACCAACUGGAGCAGUGCUUGGAUUGAACUUUUCGGCCGUAGCAGAUAGCCAAAAAACCCCGGAUACGCACAUUUUCGGUAGCGGACACGUCGGUGACGAAUAUCAGCUGUCCAAUAGUAGUGACGAAGAAGACGGAUGGAGGGACUUGGCUGAUCAGUUGAAGUCCGGCGUACGAGCGAGCUGUCCAACAGCUACCAAUUUCACCCAAACUCAGUCUUAUAAGGAUGUAUCCGAUCAACUUCAGAGCCAGCAGAGCACUGAUUUGCUACAUUCAAAGUCAAUCUUCAAAACAUCACAUCCAGCAAAAUUGAAACAGUUUUUUGUCGAAAACGAGGAUGUGAUGAAGCUGGAAUCUCCCGACUCUCAGCGUGCAGGGGUUACAAAUACAGGCGGUCUACAUUUUCGAACACAAACUGCUGGGUCGAGCAGAAUUGCGAAUUCGAUCGCGAAGAGAGAGGUCGUUCCUGAGUCGACUAGUCAGAAGAAGAAGCGGAAGUCACGGAAUGGGACUUUAGAUGCUUUCGUUAUACGGAAAUGA